GGGUGAACACAACACAGCAGUGAAAAACAGACCUGACCCUGUAGCCUGUGGGCAGGCAAGUUGAGGGAAAAAAGGGCACAAAAUAGGGAGAACUAGGAAAUGAACCAGUAAAAAGAAAGAAGAGGGAGAGUGCUUGUGCAUGGACAGGAUCUCAGACAUGAACUACAAAACACCCAUUUAACUGCAUUCUCUUUGCAUGAGCAAGGAAGUGGUUUAGGCAAAAAGAGAAGCAGAAGUCUCCGGGACUAGGCAUAGUAACCUUACUUACUGUAUAGGUUGCUGGUAUUUCUAUGAACGGCACCAAACUGACAGCAGGAUGUCAAUGCAGCCAGGCUACAGAACUCACUCCACUGACAGUGUGGGAAGCGACGGGGUGUUCACUGAAGAGGGAUACUACCAGGGGAUGCUUAAGGCCAUGGAUGGAAGAAAAGAUGAACGGGACCGGGUACAGAAAAAGACCUUCACAAAAUGGGUCAACAAGCACUUGAUGAAGGCCCAGCGCCACAUCACUGACCUGUAUGAGGACCUCCGGGAUGGACAUAAUCUCAUCUCCCUGCUGGAGGUGCUCUCGGGAGAGACUUUGCCGAGGGAGCGUGACGUUGUCAGGAACUCCCGGUUGCCCAGGGAGAAGGGGCGAAUGCGCUUCCACAAAUUGCAGAAUGUACAGAUUGCACUGGACUUUCUCAAACACAGACAGGUUAAGCUGGUCAACAUCCGGAAUGAUGAUAUUGCUGAUGGAAACCCCAAGCUGACCCUAGGCCUGAUAUGGACCAUCAUCCUUCACUUCCAGAUCUCUGAUAUCCAGGUUAAUGGCCAGUCAGACAACAUGACAGCCAAGGAGAAGCUUCUGCUGUGGUCCCAGCGAAUGGUGGAGGGAUAUCAUGGUAUGCGCUGUGACAACUUCACCACCAGCUGGAGGGACGGCAAGCUCUUUAAUGCCAUCAUACACAAACACAGGCCUUCUCUGAUUGACAUGAGUAAGGUGUACCGCCAGACCCAUGUAGAGAACCUGGAGCAGGCCUUCAGUGUGGCAGAGAGAGAACUGGGUGUCACUCGGCUGCUCGACCCAGAAGAUGUUGAUGUGCCACACCCAGAUGAAAAGUCUAUCAUCACAUAUGUGUCCUCCCUGUAUGAUGUCAUGCCUAGGGUACCUGACGUCCAGGAUGGUGUGAAAGCCAAUGAGCUAGAGCUACGCUGGCAGGAGUACUAUGAGCUGGUCACCCUGCUGUUGCAGUGGAUCAGACACCACAUCAUUGUCUUUGAGGAAAGGAAAUUCCCUACGAGCUAUGAGGAGAUUGAGGUUCUUUGGCGGCAGUUUUUGAAGUUCAAAGAGACAGAACUGCCUGCAAAGGAAGCAGACAAGAAUCGCUCCAAACAAAUCUAUAUGUCGUUUGAGGGUGCAGUUCAGGCAGGACAUGUCAAGGUGCCCCCUGGGUACCAUCCCUUUGAUGUGGAGAAGGAGUGGGGUCGUCUUCAUGUUGCCAUACUGGAGAGGGAGCGUCUGCUAAGGACUGAAUUUGAGAGGUUGGAGCGGCUGCAGAGGAUCGUUAGUAAGGUCCAGAUGGAGUCUGGGGUCUGUGAGGAGCAGCUCAACCAGGCGGAGGGACUGCUGCAGAUGGAUAUCCGAUUGCUGAGCUCAGGGAAGCCUGGUAUUCACACAGCAGAGAUAGAGACAGACCUGGACAAGGCAGAGAGCAUGAUCCGCUAUCUCUUCAAUGAUGUGCAGAUUCUGAAGGAUGGACGUCACCUACAAGCUGAACAAAUGUACCGCAGAGUGUAUCGGCUUCACGAGCGUCUGGUAAACCUACGCAGCGAGUACAACCUGCGUCUGAAGUCCGGAGUGACUCAUGCCCAAAUACCCAUGACCCAAACCCUCCAACAGGCUGCUGUGGGGGUAUGUCCUGAACUGGACAAGGUGACCCUGCGCUAUAUCCAGGACCUGCUGGUUUGGGUGGAAGAGAACCAAAGGCGGGUAGACCAGGGGGAGUGGGGCUCGGAUCUGCCCAAUGUGGAGUCCCAGCUGGGCAGCCACCGUGGCCUGUACCAGUCAGUGGAAGAGUUCCACGCUAAGAUCGACAGGGCAAAAGCAGAUGAGAAUCAGCUGUCGCCUGUCAGCAAAGGGGCUUACAGAGACUACUUAUCUAAGCUGGAUCAGCAGUAUGGGAAGCUUCUGAGUUCAGCUAAGGCACGUCUGCGAAGCCUAGACGGGCUACAUGCCUUUGUCACUGCAGCCACCAAGGAGUUGAUUUGGCUGAAUGAAAAGGAAGAGGAUGAGGUCAACUAUGACUGGAGCGAACGCAACACCAACAUGACAGCCAAGAAAGACAACUACUCAGGGUUGAUGAAAGAACUGGAGCAAAGGGAGAAGAGAGUCAACAGUGUUCAGGUUCAAGGAGACAAACUGCUGAAGGAAGGACAUCCUGCCAAAAAGACUAUAGAGGCCUUUAGUGCUGCGCUGCAGACCCAAUGGAGCUGGAUCCUGCAGCUUUGCUGUUGCAUUGAGUCCCACCUGAAAGAGAACACUGCUUACUUCCAAUUUUUCUCAGAUGUAAAUGAGGCAAAGGAGAAGAUUAAGAAAAUGCAGGAGACAAUGAAAAAGAAAUACACAUGCGACCGAAAUAUUACUGUCACACGACUCGAGGACUUGUUACAGGACGCAGCUGAUGAGAAGGAGCAGUUGAAAGACUUUAAGGCCCACUUGGAUGGGCUGAACCGGAGGGCCAAGACCAUUGUCCAGCUAAAGCCACGUAAUCCUGCUACACCAGUCAAGGGCAUAGUGCCUGUACAGGCUGUCUGUGACUUCAAACAGAUGGAGAUCACAGUCCACAGGGGGGAUGAGUGUAAACUGUUGGACAAUUCCCAGCCAUACCAAUGGAAGGUGCAAAACCCUAAAGGCUGCGAGGCGACCGUACCCUCCAUCUGUUUCCUGGUUCCGCCCACCAACAAGGAAGCAGUGAGCAGUGUCUCAGGUUUGGAUUCUAGUCACCAGGACCUGCUGGUCUUGUGGAGGAGGCUGCACAUUGACAUGAAGAGCCUUAUGUCUUGGCAGUACCUGAUGAGAAACAUCAACCUCAUCAACACAUGGAACAUCACCAUGUUUAAGACCCUCAGCGUGGAGGAGUACAAGUUAGCUCUGAGGAACCUGGAGCUGCACUACCAAAACUUCCUGAGAGACAGUCAGGACUCUCAGCUGUUUGGUGCUGAUGACCGCAUGCAGGUAGAGAGUGACUACAACAAAGCCAGCCAGCAUUAUGAAGAAUUGCUGCACUCUGUGGAAAAAGGUGAGCAAGAUGAAUCUGAAUGCAGGAUAUACCUGACCAAGAUCAAGGACCUGCGUCUGAAACUGGAAGGUUGUGAGACUCACACUAUCACACGGCUGAGGCAGCCUGUGACCAAUGAGCCACUAAAGGCCUGCACCCAGAGGACAGCUGAGCAGAAGAAAGUACAGACAGAGUUAGAAGCUUUGAAGAAUAAUUUGGCCGAUGUGGCUGAGAAGACUGAAGAGGUGCUUGCAUCUCCUCAGCAGUUCAGCUCUGCUCCAGUGCUGCGCUCUGAACUGGAUGUUACAAUGAAGAAGAUGGAGCAUGUCUACAGCCUGUCCUCCGUCUAUCUGGACAAACUGAAGACCAUUGACAUAGUGAUCAACAGUAUAAAGGGAGCAGAGGUCACAGUCAAAAAAUAUGAAAGCCGUUUACGAGACGUCACCAAGAUGCCCACGGACGAAAAUGAGGUGGAGAACCAUCUUACCCAACUGAAGACAAUGUGUGGUGAGGUGGAGGGUGAACAGAAAAUGUUUGACACUCUCCAGGAGGAACUGAGACAGGCGACUGCCGUGAACGAGCAGAUGACGCGGGUCCACAGUGAACGAGACAAUGAGCUAGAACACUACCGUGAAAUAGUAGCCAGGCUGGAAGAGCGCUGGCAGGCUGUGUUCAUCCAGAUAGACCUGCGUGAACGUGAGCUUGACUUUGUGGGGAGGCAGAUGCACUCAUACCGUGAAAGCUAUAACUGGCUCAUCAGAUGGCUUGGUGAUGCCAAGCAGAGACAGGAGAAAAUCCAGGCCGUGCCCAUCGGUAACAGCAAGGCGCUCAAACAGCAGUUGGCACAGGAGAAGAAACUCUUAGAAGAGAUCGAGAAGAACAAAGAUAUGGUAGAGGAGUGUCAAAAACAUGCAAGAGCAUACAUUGAUGCAGUAAAGGAUUAUGAGCUUCAAGUGGUGACAUACAAAGCUCUGGUGGAGCCCAUGGCUUCGCCCCUUAAGAAAACCAAAAUGGAGUGUGCAUCUGAUGAUAUCAUCCAAGAGUAUGUGACUUUAAGAACCUGCUACAGUGAGCUGAUGACUCUGACCAGCCAGUAUAUCAAGUUUAUCACAGAGACACAGCGCCGCCUUGAGGACGAGGAGAAAGCUACUGAAAUACUCAAAGAAGAGGAGAGAAAAAAGUUGGCUGAGAUGCAGGCUGAAUUAGACAAACAAAGGCAGUUAGCUGAGGCACAUGCAAAAGCUAUUGCUAAAGCCGAACAAGAAGCCCAAGAACUGAAGUUAAAAAUGCAAGAAGAGGUUAGCAGGAGGGAGGUUGUAAAAGUGGAUUCUGAAAAACAGAAGUACAACAUACAGCAGGAACUGCAAGAACUCAAGAGCCUAUCAGAGCAGGAGAUCCAAACAAAGAGCAAGCAGGUUGAGGAGGCACUCUAUAGUCGCACUAAGAUAGAGGAAGAGAUCCACAUAAUCAGAAUUCAAUUAGAAACAACAAUGAAGCAGAAGGCCGCAGCUGAGGCUGAACUUCAGCAGCUCAGGGACAUGGCUGCAGAAGCUGAGCGGCUAAGGAAAGUUGCUCAGGAGGAGGCAGAGAAGCUUCGCAAGCAAGUGAAUAAAGAAUCUCAGAAAAAGCGCAAUGCAGAGGAGGAGUUGAAACGCAAAGCAGAGGCAGAACAAGAGGCUGCCAGGCAAAAGCAGAAGGCUCUUGAUGAGUUGCAGAAAUUCAAGACGCAAGUUGAAGAGGCAGAAAGGCGCAUGAAACAGGCAGAGGAGGAGAAGCAGAGGCAGGUCAUGGUGGCAGAGGAGGUGGCACAGAAGAGUGCUACUGCUGAGCUACAAACCAAACGCAUAUCCUUGAACGAGAAGGCUGUGAAGCUUGAAGCCUCACUGAAACAAGAACAGGGCACUGUUAUUCAUUUGCAGGAAGAGGCAGAGCAUCUCAAAAAGCAACAGGAGGAAGCCAGUAAAGCCAGGGAAGAAGCAGAGAAAGAGCUUGAGAAGUGGAGGCAGAAAGCCAACGAGGCACUCCGCUUGAGGCUUCAGGCUGAGGAAGAAGCCCUCAAGAAGAGCCAGGCUCAGGAGGAAGCAGAGAAACAGAAAGAGGAAGCUGAACGAGAUGCAAAGAAAAGGGCUAAAGCUGAAGAGGCUGCGCUUAAACAAAGAGAUAUGGCAGAAAAGGAGCUGGAGAAGCAAAGGAAAUUGGCAGAAGUAACAGCCCAACAGAAACUCUCUGCAGAACAAGAGCUAAUUCGCCUAAAAGCUGAUUUUGACCAUGGUAAGCAACAAAGGUCACUGUUGGAUGAAGAGCUCCAGCGUCUGAAAAAUGAGGCAAAUGCUGCUCUAACACAAAGGAAACAGCUGGAAGAUGAAUUGGCCAGAGUGAAAAGUGAAAUGGAAGUUCUUCUUCAAAUGAAGUCUAAAGCAGAAAAGGAGGCCAUGUCAACAACAGAGAAAAGCAAACAUCUUCUUGAGUCUGAGGCAUUGAAAAUGAGGCAACUAGCUGAAGAGGCAACUAAGCUUAGAAUAAUUGCUGAAGAAGCAAAGAAGCAGAGGCAGGUAGCAGAGGAUGAGGCAGCUCGGCAAAGAGGUGAAGCUGAAAAGAUACUCAAGGAAAAACUGUCAGCCAUUAAUGAAGCAACUUGCUUAAAAACUGAAGCUGAAAUUGCCCUGAAAGAUAAAGAGGCAGAAAAUGAGCGGCUUCGGAGAAAAGCUGAAGAUGAGGCAUACCAGAGAAAGGUCCUGGAAGACCAAGCAAAACAGCAUAAGCAAGAUAUUGAUGAAAAGAUCACCCAGCUCAAGAAGACUUCUGAGUCUGAAAUGGAGAGGCAGAAGAAGAUUGUAGAAGAAACUCUUAAACAGAGGAGGGUGGUUGAGGAAGAGAUUAGCAUACUAAAACUUAACUUUGAGAAGGCAACCACAGACAAGCUGGAUCUUGAGUUGGAGUUGAACAAACUAAAAGGCAUUGCAGAUGAGGCUGAGAAGAACAAAGUCAAAGCUGAGGAAGAAGCUGAGAAACUCAGAAAGCUAGCUUUAGAAGAGGAGAACAAAAGAAAGCAAGCUGAAGAGAAAGUUAAAAAGAUCACUGCUGCAGAGGAAGAGGCUAGACAACAACGACAAGCAGCUCAGAAAGACGUUGAGCGCCUCAAAAAGAUUGCUGCCGAUGCUAAAAAGCAAAAGGAGGAUGCUGACAAAGAAACAGAGAAACAGAUUUGUCUUGCCAAAGAGGCUGCAGAGAAAUGUAGUGCUGCUGAAAAGAAAGCACAUGAUGUUCUCACCAAGCAAAAAGAGGACAGUCUUUCCCAGGGCAAGUUUAAAGAGGAGUUUGACAAGGCUAAGAAGCUUGCAAACGAAGCUGAAAAGGCCAUUGUGAAAGCUGAGAAGGAAGCUGCUUUACUUCGUCAAAAAGCAGAAGAUGCUGAAAAACUGAAAAAAGCGGCUGAAGCAGAGUCUGCGAAACAGGCAAAGGCUCAGGAGGAUGCUGAGAGACUGAGGAAGGAAGCAGAGCAAGAGGCUGCAAAGCGAGCAGAAGCAGAAUCUGCUGCUCUGAAACAAAAACAACAGGCAGAUGCAGAGAUGGCCAAGCAGAAAAAGUUAGCAGAAAAAACUGUAAAGCAGAAGACACAAGUUGAGCAGGAACUGACGAAGGUGAAACUGCAACUGGAUGAGACAGAUAGACAGAAAUCUGUUUUAGAUGAGGAGCUUCAGCGCCAUAAGGAUGAAGUUAGCAAUGCUCUCAAGCAGAAAGCUCAAGUGGAGGAAGAGCUAUUUAAGGUCAAGGUCCAGAUGGAGGAGCUCAUCAAACUUAAGCUUAAAAUUGAGCAAGAGAACCAGUAUCUUAUGAGUAAAGACAAAGAUAAUACAAAGAAAUUACUUGAAGAGGAAGCUGAAAACAUGAAGAAGCUGGCAGAGGAUGCUGCGAGGCUAAGUGUAGAAGCUCAGGAGGCGGCCAGAGAGAGAAUGAUUGCAGAAUCAGAGCUGGCUGAACAGAGGGCUCUUGCUGAAAAAAUGCUGAAGGAGAAAAUGCAAGCUAUCCAAGAAGCAACUAAACUCAAAGCUGAGGCAGAGAAGCUCCAGAAACAAAAAGAAAAAGCUCAAGAACAGGCCCAACAACUGCUGGAGGACAAGCAGCAGAUGCAGCAACGUCUGGAGGAAGAGAUUGAGUGCUUCCAAAAAUCCUUGGAGGCUGAGCGCAAGAGGCAGCGUGAAGCAACUGCAGAGGCAGAGAAAUUGAAGCUUAGGGUGACACAGCUAAGUGAGGCUCAUUCUAAAUCAGAAGAGGAGGCAAAGAAAUUCAAGAAACAAGCAGAAGAGAUAAAAAUUUGUCUCCAACAGAAAGAGCAACAAGCUGCAGAAAAAGUAAUUGUAGAAAAACUGGAGGUUCAAAGAUUACAGAGUAGUAAAGAAUCUGAUGACCUACGCAAAGCCAUAGUGAACCUUGAGAAAGAAAAGGAGAAAUUACAAAAAGAGGCUGCAGAUCUACAGAAUAAGUCUAAAGAGAUGGCUACUGCACAGCAGGAACAGAUGAAACAGGAGAAAAACAUUAUUGAGCAGACUUUCUUGACAGAAAAGAAAAUGUUGCUGGAAAAGGAAAGGCUCAUCGAAGAAGAGAAAAAGAAGCUUGAGAAACAGUUUGAGGAUGAGAUUAUGAAGGCCAAGGCCCUCAAAGAUGAGCAAGAUUAUCAGAAGAAGCUGAUGGAACAGGAGAAAAAGUUACUUCAGGCUGCUAUGGAUGCUGCUGUAAAAAAGCAGAAAGAUGCUGAGGAAGAAAUGCGGAACAAGCUGAAUGAGAUAAAGGAUCUUGAAAAGAAAAGACUUGAACAAGAGAAAUUGUUAAAUGAGGAAAAUAAAAAGCUUAGAGAGAAGCUGGAGCACUUAUCCACACCGAGAAAAUCUACUACAUCCCUCACUAAAGAAAUGGAGAUACAAACUGAUGAUGUUCCUGAAGAUCAGCUUAUUGCAAUGACAAUGGUGGGAACCACAAAGAAAGCAUUUAACGGGUCUGCAGAACAAGACAGUGCAAAGAAAGAAGAAUCACCAUUUACUUUUGAUGGGAUUCGGGAGAAGGUUACUGCCAACAGGCUACAUGAUAUUGGUAUACUGAACAAGAAAGAUUUUGACAGGUUGAAAAAAGGCAAAACUACAGUUCAAGACAUGAGCAAGACUGAGAAAAUGAAAACAUGUCUCAAAGGCAACAAUUGUGUUGGUGGAGUCUUGACACCAACUCAGGAAACAAUGAGUGUGUAUCAGGCCAUGAAAGAGAAAAAAAUUUCUUCUGCUGCUGGUACAAUGAUUCUUGAAGCUCAGGCAGCAUGUGGGUACAUCAUUGAUCCAGUGAAAAACAGAAUGCUCUCUGUGGAUGAAGCUGUAAAGGAGGAAUUAAUAGGCCCAGAACUCCACAACAAAAUGCUUUCUGCAGAAAAAGCAGUAACUGGCUACAAAGAUCCAUAUACUGGAGACAAAAUCUCACUCUUUGAGGCCAUGAGAAAGAGUCUUAUUGAACAAGACCGUGCCAUUAGACUUCUGGAUGCUCAGAUUGCAACUGGUGGAAUAAUUGACCCUGUCAAUAGUCACCGAGUACCUCUCCAAACAGCCUAUAAGCAGGGCCAAUUGGAUGCUGAAAUGAACAAAACCCUUCUGAAACCUACCGAUGACUCAAAGCUAUUCAUUGACCCAAGCACUCAGGAGAUGCUGACAUAUCAGCACCUAUUGGAUAGGUGUAUCCCUGAUGCUGAGACAGGCAUACUUUUGUUACCAAUAACAGAAAAUGCUUCCCGAAGUGAGAAGACCUAUACAUCUGAUGAGACAAAAGAUGUACUAACUAAAGCAACUAUUUCUGUACCAUUUGGAAGAUUCCAAGGAAAGGCUGUGACCAUUUGGGAAAUCAUAAACUCAGAGUACUUCACAGGGACCCAAAGAAAGGAUCUGAUUCGUCAGUACAAGACCGGAAAAAUAACUGUCGAAAAAAUUAUCCGAAUUGUAAUAAGUGUUGUGGAAGACAAAGAAAAGAGUCAUGAAAUUGUGUUUGACGGUCUGAGGAAUCCAGUCACUGCAGGUGAACUUCUAGAAUCUAAAAUCAUAAAUAAAGACCUAUUUAAUAUAUUGCAUAAUGGCAAAACAACUGUCAAAGAAAUCUCUGAGAUGGAGCCUGUUAAGAAAGCCUUAGGAGGAACAUAUAGCAUUGCUGGAGUAAUUAUUGAGUCAACAAAUGAGAAAAUAACAUUCUAUCAAGCUGUAAAGAACAAGAUGCUCACUCCUGAGACUGGAUUGAGUCUUCUUGAGGCUCAAGCUGGGACCGGAUUUGUAAUUGACCCUGUGAACAAUCAAAAGCUCACUGUAGAUGAGGCUGUUAAAUCAUGUCUAGUUGGUCCAGAAUUGCAUGAAAAACUUCUGUCUGCUGAAAGAGCUGUUAAUGGAUACAAAGAUCCCUACACUGGAAAGACUGUAUCCCUGUUUGAGGCAAUGAAGAAAGACCUCAUUAAGAAUGACCAGGGUAUCCGUUUGCUAGAGGCUCAGCUUGCAACUGGAGGUAUAAUUGAUCCAGUCAGAAGUUAUCAUAUCCCACAUGAACUUGCAUGCAAACGUGGAUAUUUUGAUGAUGAAAUGAACAAGAUCUUGUGUGACAACACUGAUGUAACAAAGGUAUUUUUUGAUCCUAACAUGUGGGAGAAUGCAUCUUAUAAUCAACUCAUGAAAAAAUGUGUCACUGACCAGGAGACUGGGUUUCCAUUACUUCAGCUCUCAGAGAAAGCAAUUCAAAAUUCAAAAGAGAUGCAGAAGUCAAAAGAUGAGCAGCAAUAUACUGAGGACCAGUCUAAAGAUGCCCUGAACCAGACAACUAUGGAGCUGCAGUUUGGACCUUUCAAAGGAAGGAAAGUCACCAUUUGGGAGAUCAUAAACUCUGAAUAUAUUACAGAGACACAAAGAAUCGAGUUGAUUCGUCAGUACAGAACUGGAACAGUGACUAUUGAAAGAAUGAUCACAAUUAUGGUAACAAUGAUUAACGAAAAGGAGACAAAGAAACUGGAAAAGGAACAGCCCAGCUUUGAAGGACUUAGAGCAGCUGUCACUUCUAGCUCAUUGUUUGAAUCCAAAAUCAUUGAUAAAGAUACAUAUGACCAACUUCAACAGGGCAAAAAGAAACCCAAAGAGAUCAGUGACAUUGACCCAGUCAGAACAUACUUGCAAGGAGCCGGUGGACAGAUUGCAGGUAUUUUUAUGGGUGACUCCAAGGAAAAGGUAAGCAUUUAUCAAGCAAUGAAGAAGAAAAUUUUGAGGCAAAAGACAGGUCUUACUUUGCUUGAAGCACAAGCAGCAACUGGUUUUAUUAUUGAUCCCAUCAAAAACCAGAGGUACACUGUGGAUGAUGCUGUAAAAGCAGGAGUUGUUGGUCCUGAGGUUCAUGAGAAACUUCUUUCUGCUGAGAAAGCAGUGAUUGGUUACAGAGACCCCUACACAGGCAACAAGAUUUCCCUUUUUCAAGCUAUGAAGAAGGAGCUUGUGUUACGUGAACAUGCUAUUCCUCUGUUGGAAGCUCAGGUGGCCACAGGAGGGAUUAUUGACCCAAUCAACAGCCACCGUGUUCCCAAUGAUGUGGCUUUCCAACGUGGCUAUUUCAGUAAACAGAUGGCAAAGUCCUUUGCUGACCCCUCAGGGGAUGUCAAAGCUUUUGUUGACCCAAACACUAAUGAAAGUUCCACCUACAAACAACUACAAGAUAAAUGCAUAAAAGAUCCAGAUACAGGUUUCUGCUUCCUCACACUAUCAACGGCUGAAGCUCAAAGUCCAGUGGAACAGUCCUAUGUAUACAACGAACAACAGGCACAGACAGACUUGGCUAACACUCAAGUGGAUAUUCCUCAUCCAAACUAUUCUGGAAAGAUAAUGAACUUAUGGGAUGUCAUGAGGUCAAAUAUGCUACCUGAAGAGGAAAAGCUAAGGCUAUUGGAACAGUAUCGCCGUGGACAAAUCACAAAGGAGAGAAUGAUCAUCAUUGUCAUUGAAAUAAUUGAACAAAGAGAGAUACUGAAAGCAGAGCAGAGCAUGUCUUGUGAUAUGAUCAGACGUAGGGUCAAUAUUGAGGAGCUCUAUAGUUCUCGCAUUUUAGACCUUGAAACAUACAAUAUGUUAAAGCAAGAGAAGAAAACUAUUCGUGAGGUAAUGGAAAUGCCCUCUGUAAAGCAGUAUCUGUUUGGCACCGGCAGUAUUGCAGGAAUUCUCUCAGACGCCCUUUCUAAGGUCAGCAUUUACCAGGCCCUGAAGAGAGGUCUCAUUAAGCCUGAUUUUGGGAUCAGCCUCCUGGAGGCCCAAGCAGCAACAGGAUUCAUUAUUGACCCAGUAAAAGAGGAACUGCUCACAGUUGAUGAGGCUGUGCGCAAAGGACUUGUUGGUCCUGAAAUCCAUGAUAAACUUCUCUCAGCCGAGAGGGCAGUUACUGGCUACAAGGAUCCUUAUAGUGGAAAAAGUAUCUCUCUCUUCCAAGCAAUGAAAAAAGACCUUAUUCCUGAGGACUAUGCCUUGAGGCUCCUUGAAGCCCAGGUUUCCACUGGAGGCAUUAUAGAUCCAGAAUACUACUUCCAUCUUCCCAUAGAUGUUGCUAUGCAACGUGGAUACAUCAACAAAGAAACACAUGACCGGAUCACUAAUUCAAACAGUGAUGUACAAGGAUAUGUCGAUCCAACUUCAGACGAGAAACAGACCUAUGCACAGCUGCUAAAAAGAUGCAAAGUUGAUAAAGAGAGUGGUUUGCGAUUACUUUCACUUGCAGACAGAAGACUGCUUUUUAAGGGUCUCAGAAAGCAAAUUACUUUGGAUGAGUUGCUCCGUUCACAGAUAAUUAACCAAAAGACAUACAAUGAUCUCAUUGACGGCCUUAUCUCAGUUGAAGAGGUCAGCAGAGAGGUAAAGAAGUACCUUGAGGGCGCAAGCUGUAUUGCCGGAGUAUAUGUUGAAUCCAGCAAAGAACGUCUGUCCAUCUAUCAAGCAAUGAAAAAGAACAUGAUAAGACCUGGGACUGCCUUUGAACUUCUUGAGGCUCAAGCAGCAACAGGAUAUGUCAUUGACCCAAUAAAGAACCUAAAGCUGAAUGUCAGUGAAGCUGUCAAAAUGGGAGUUGUUGGUCCAGAGUUCAAAGACAAACUCAUCUCUGCUGAGCGUGCUGUAACAGGCUACAGGGAUCCAUACUCUGGCAUGACCAUGUCUCUAUUCCAGGCCAUGAAAAAGGGUCUCAUUCUGAAAGAGCACGGCAUUCGUCUGUUGGAAGCCCAAAUUGCCACUGGUGGGAUUAUUGAUCCAGAAGAGAGUCAUCGUCUGCCAGUAGAGAUGGCCUACACACGUGGCUUAUUUGAUGAGGAAAUGAAUUGCAUUCUUACAGACCCAGCUGAUGACACCAAAGGCUUCUUUGACCCUAACACUGAGGAGAACCUCACUUACCUGCAGUUGAUGGAGCGAUGCAUGAUUGAUCCAGAAACUGGAUUAGCACUUUUGCUGUUAAAAGAAAAGAAACGUGAGAGAAAGACAUCCUCCAAGUCUUCUGUGCGUAAACGCAGAGUAGUCAUUGUUGACCCAGAGACAGGCAAAGAAAUGUCUGUGUACGAGGCAUAUCGGAAAGGACUUAUUGAUCAACAGACCUACAUGGAGCUUGCAGAGCAGGAGUGUGAGUGGGAAGAAAUUACAAUUUCCUCAUCUGAUGGUGUUGUGAAGUCCAUGAUCAUAGAUAGAAGGUCUGGACGACAGUAUGACAUUGACGAUGCUAUCACAAAGGGUCUGAUUGACCAGUCAGCUCUUGAUCAGUAUCGUGCUGGCACUCUAUCCAUCACAGAGUUUGCCGAUAUGCUGUCUGGAAACAUGAGUGGAACACGAUCCCGGUCUUCAUCUUUUGGGUCCACUUCAUCUUACUCCAGUAGCCCAGCACCUGCUAUCAAACCUCCAGCAGUUGUAUGGAAUGACCCAACAGAAGAAACCGGCCCUGUGGCUGGAAUACUGGAUACUGAUACAUUGGAGAAGGUGUCUGUCACAGAAGCCAUGCACAGAAAUCUUGUGGACAAUAUCACUGGUCAAAGACUGCUGGAGGCUCAGGCUUGUACUGGUGGCAUCAUUGAUCCAAAUACUGGAGAGAAGUUCUCAGUUGCGGAAGCAAUGAACAAGGGACUUGUGGAUAAGAUCAUGGUUGACCGAAUCAACCUGGCACAGAAAGCCUUUAAUGGAUUUGAGGAUCCCAGAACCAAAACAAAAAUGUCUGCUGCACAAGCAUUAAAGAAGGGUUGGUUGUACUAUGAGGCUGGUCAAAGAUUCUUGGAAGUACAGUAUCUAACGGGUGGGUUAAUUGAACCAGACGUAACUGGCAGAGUCCCACUGGAUGUUGCAGUCAACAAGGGCACCCUAGAUGCACGUACUGCACAAAAGUUAAGAGAUGUCAGUGGAUACUCCAAAUACCUCACAUGCCCCAAAACAAAGCUUAAGAUCUCAUACAAGGAUGCCUUGGAGAGGAGCAUGAUUGAGGAGGGAUCUGGUCUGCGUUUAUUGGAAGCCUCUUCUCAAUCAACAAAAGGCCUUUACAGUCCCUACAGUGUUAGUGGUUCUGGGUCAGCAUCUGGCUCUCGGCCCGAUUCAAGAACUGGGUCCCGGUCAGGCUCCAGACGAGGGAGCUUUGAUGCCACAGGCUCCAGUUUCUCCCCUAGCUUCUCCUCCUCAUCCUUUAGUUCCACAAGCUAUGGCCGUAGAUAUGAUGCAGGAUCACACAGUGGACUUCACAUUAAGGAGCUAGCACUGGCCCUUGUAUCAUUAGCAGUGACCAGGAACUGCAGCUUGGAUGAUGGAAUUUUCACAACAAUACAACUUAGUCGCUCAGCAGUUGCCUAAUUUCCGGUAGAAAGAAGACUACCUUUAUUCAGUUCUGCAUGUGGUUAUUAUGGAGCUUUUAAUGAUUAGUUAUUUUUUUCUUGUCUUCUACUGUAAAAGAAAUUCUUCUUCUAUGAUUACUUUUCCUAUGUUUUAAAAAGCUUUUUGUUUUUAUGGCAAGCCAAUUUAGAUAUAAAGGCUGAUAAACUGGCAUCUGUAUAUUUGUUAGGAGAGAGACAAAGUAUUUAGAGAAGAAAGUAACACUUCCAAUCUGCAGAGCAGAAUAAGGAGUCAUCAAAUUCCCCUAUAGCACUGGAGGAAAUUAUUUGAGAAUACCAAGCUUCAAGAUCUUUUCUAAUCUCAGCUACGCUGAUGCCAAUACCCUGCCUGACUGGAUUCUGUCACCUGCUUCUGAUAUUCAGUCUAUUAUUCUUUUGAAACCAUGCAGUCUUCAUACAGUCAAGCACACACAUAAAGACAACAUUCUGAGGAUGGAAUACCAACAAAAUCAAACAUGGACAAACUCACCUGAAGUAAAAUAUGCCCUAAAAUGACAAUAGACACCCCUGUUCUCAUCCUUCAGGAGUGCCAAUGCUUCUCUGGGCAGUUUUAUAAAGUAUGUUCCAUGUAAACAUUUCAUUUGAUAGUUUAGCUGGGCAGAAAUCAUGUAAUCUGUGUUUGAAUAUUUUUUUAAUCCUUGUAACCUAUGUUUUGUCUGUAUUUUACUCCUUUAGACAUCUUCACUCUCGCUCAUUUUCUUGAUGCUAUUGCAUAUUUCCUAAAACCCUCAAGCCAGAAUGAAGAAUUUACCGGAGACUUGCUGCAAUGUUCACAAAAAAAAUCAAUACGAAUUUCCAAAUUGUUCAUUUUAGCAAUCUUUUUUAUUAACAAAUACCUUAACACCUCAAAGGUAUUGAUUUUUACAAAGCAACAUACAAUUAAUCACUGUGCUGCUUGUUUGAACCUCGACUUUAUCCUACACCUGUCACAGAUAUGCAGUAUCUCACAAAAGUGAGUACACCCCUCACAUUUUUGCUAAUAUUUGAUUAUAUCUUUUCAUGUGACAAC